GUUCGGAACGGUUUGAAGCGAUUUGUAGCGGUUUGUAUGAUUGUUUCGAAACACUGUCAACCGCUACCAACCGCAAAAGUUGCGUUUGCGGAUGGUAGCGGGGAAACCAGUCAGACCCUUAAUCGAUGAGUUGUUUUUUGGAUUAUAAGAAGUCGACGGAUAUUAGCAAACAAUAUUACUAUUAUCUACAUUCUAGUUGAGAGGACCCGGUCGUAAAUAAUAUUCAUUUUCAUAAAAUAUAUAAAAACUAUAAAUUAAGAAGCGUUUAAGGGUCGGAUUGACGUGACAUGGUGCUAUUUUGUGCCAUUUAAUAACUGGUCUAAUGUCAAUGCUGUUGAUUUAAUCAAAGCUCAAAACCAUAUAAUAUUGCUAACUAUAAUAUUUUAAUUUUAACUGCCACACAAUUAGUUAAUGUCUUUUUCCACGUUCUAGCUUUUUAUUAGUCCUCCUGAAGUGAGAAUGAUUAGGCUCGCGUCAGGACCAAACCCCAUUGAUCCUUCUCUAUCUCUCGUUCACUAAUACAAAGAGAUCCGUAUCAUCAGGUUAGAUCGUCUUUGAAUUUUGAAUUUGAUUUUCAUUAUGUUCAUGUUUCUCCAUCGUACGUGUUAUUGAAUUGAACAAGGCAGGGCUCCUACUACUUUCAAGUUUCUCUCGGCGAACAAAGUUUACGCUUUGAAGCUGUCCUCCUUGGAGAUUAAAGAUUUUUAACCAAACAUGAGUGCUCACCAACUUGAGGAUGAUUCUCAGCAAGAUAACAAGGUUAGCAAAUUGAAAUCUGCGUUAGGACCACUCUCAGGACAUAGUUUAGUUUUCUGCUCUGAUGCUUCCUUGAGGAGAUACUUGGAUGCUCGUAGCUGGAAUGUCGAAAACGCCAAGCAAAUGAUUGAGGAUACACUUAAAUGGAGAUCAACAUACAAGCCUCAUGAGAUCCCUUGGCAUGAAGUAGCACAUGAAGGUGAGACUGGAAAAGUUUCAAGAGCUGGUUUUCAUGAUCGUCAAGGUAGGACUGUUCUUAUAAUGAGACCAGGGUUACAGAACACAACAUCAGCAGAAGGUAAUAUCAGGCACUUGGUGUAUCUUCUUGAAAACGCCAUCAUUAAUCUUCCCAAAGGACAAGAACAAAUGUCUUGGCUCAUAGAUUUUACUGGUUGGUCCAUGGCUAAUAAUGCUCCCAUGAAAACUACAAGAGACAUUAUCUACAUUUUACAGAAUCAUUACCCUGAGAGACUCGGUAUGUCCUUUCUCUACAAUCCUCCAAGACUCUUCCAAGCAGGCUACAAGGCUGUUAAGUACUUCUUGGACCCAAGAACAGCUCAAAAGGUGAACUUCGUGUACCCAAAUGACAAAGCAAGUGAUGAACUGAUGAGAUCACACUUUGAUAUGGAGAAUCUCCCCAAGGAGUUUGGUGGAGAAGCAACGCUAGAGUAUGACCAUGAGGAAUUCUCAAGACAAAUGUUUGAAGACGAUCUCAAAACCGCAAAGUUCUGGGGGUUAGAAGAGAAACAGUAUCCGAUACCAAACGGUUUCUCUCCAGCUGAUGUUGUUCCUGAACCGGCCACUUCUCUUGCAUCAGUAGCUAACUGAGAGUUUAAUCUUACAUAUAAACACAUAAACAACAAGAGAAGAUUAAUAAACACUUUAUUCUCAUUGAUGAAGAACCGAUAAAAAAACGUGCAGAUUACUAAGAAAAUUAGUGAGCCAAAGACUUUUUCAAUGUUCUAGCUAGCUGACAGACACGUUCCUUGUUAUUGAAGUUAAUGUAUGUUUUAGAAUGUUGUUACCAUGUCUAAUUGUUUGGUGUUUAUUGCUUGAAAAUAUGAGAACCAUCCUUUUGGUUCUAAAUUUUCUUAAAUUAUUUAGUUAUGAAAUGUUUGCGCAAUUUA